CCUACACUCAUCUCCUAUGGCCACCAUUUUCCCCCCACCAUCCCCCGAGCUGCCGCAAUUUCAUACUCUCCUCGUCCGAGGCCCGUACCACCCCUCCGCCCCCAUACACCUCGUGCUAUCGCACAACUGGCGCGACCCGAAAGGCAAAGCGAUCUUCAUCUCGCCCUCACGCGCCGCAUUCCUCGCCAGCCUCGCCAAGUUCGAUGACGAGUGGCUGAAAGUACAUGGAGGUGACGGUUUGACGUGCAGCGCGUCAGCGCGGAUCGAAAACUUGUAUCCUCCGACACCAGCGCACCUUGUCAUGAUCCUGAGCAUGCUUCACGUAUACGAAGGGACACUGCACGACCCCAAGACGACGCUCCCAGAGGCACCUACUCUGUUUGUCCUGCACGAGUUGUCCGCUUUGCUCAAACCCACGACGCUCGAACCUACACUAUCCUCUUACCUGUCCCUCAUUAUGCACGCCCUGACGGCGGUCAAUUCGCUCUCUGCCAAAGCAACAGCAAGUGUGGCGCUCGCUGUCUUUGACUCUGGGCUGCAAGACCUCAAGCUACCCAUUAUCCGGCCCGUCUCUCCUUCGGGCGGCGACCCCAACGAGGCUCGACCGUCCACAGGAAGACGAGAGCCUGUCGCGUUCUUCGUGGAGCAGUACUUCGAGUGGACUGCGAGGGUAGAAGCGUUCGGAGAGACAGAGGCCCAUUCGGAGGGACAGGCGGGCGGCGGACGCAUGCGAAUGGUGAUGCACCGCACGCCGGACGGGGAUAAUAUAGGAGACAUCGCGAUGGAGUGGAUGGUCGCUACCCGGGUUGCUGGGCCUCAUGCAGGGGCGAGGUAUUUUGCUUGGACGUAGAGGUGCCCAUUGAGUCGCCGUUCAAGUUCGUACUUGACCUGACUUCCAGUUGCGAUGCGUUUCACGUACAUGUAGUGGAGAGUAAUUGAGACACUUAUAUGACGGAUUGCACUA